GUUGUUUUACAUUGAUAACACGUGUUGAUUACACGUGUGCGGAGUGCCUUUCGAGAGAUUCAAGUCGUGCUUAAACAAUUGCCGAAAUGCUUGCUGAAACAUCAAAUCAAAUGAAAGCGCUUGCGCUUAAAUUGUUUGAAAUAAAUGCGUUUAAAUUUGGCGACUUUAAAAUGAAGGUCGGCAUUAAUUCGCCGGUUUACUUUGAUUUGCGUGUAAUUGUGAGCUAUCCAGAUGUUAUGCAAACAGUAUCUGAUCUGCUGGUGGAACAUAUCAAGAGCCAAGAACUGAACUCCAAACAUGUUUGCGGCGUGCCGUACACAGCGCUGCCGCUGGCCACCAUUGUGUCGCUGCAGCAGUCAACGCCUAUGUUGGUGCGCCGCAAGGAGGCCAAAGCGUAUGGCACAAAGAAACUGAUUGAGGGCAUCUUCAAUGCCGGCGACACCUGUUUGAUUGUUGAGGAUGUAGUAACGUCGGGCUCCAGCAUCUUGGAUACUGUGCGCGACUUGCAGAGCGAGGGCAUUGUGGUGACCGAUGCUGUUGUUGUGGUUGAUCGCGAACAGGGCGGUGCCGCCAACAUUGCCAAGCAUGGAGUACGCAUGCAUUCGCUCUUUACGCUAUCUUUUCUGCUCAACACGCUGCGUGAAGCGGGACGCAUUGAGAAGUCGACGGUGGAUGCGGUGGCCAAGUAUAUUGCCUCGGCGCAGAUAAACAGUGAUGGCUCAUUUGUAGGCGGCGAUAAGGCUAAUUUAGAUGGGGCUAAUGACCUUGUGCGUACCAGGCUGACAUAUGAGACACGCGCCAAUUUGGCCAAAAGUCCAUUGGCUAAGCGACUGUUCAAUCUAAUGGCUAACAAGCAAACGAACCUUUGUCUGGCCGCUGAUCUGACCAAGGCUGCUGAUAUUUUGGAUAUGGCAGAAAAGUGUGGACCUUAUAUUUGUUUGCUCAAGACGCAUGUGGAUAUUGUGGAGGACUUUAGCGAUAGCUUUAUCAGCAGCCUACAAACGCUGGCCAAACAACACAAUUUUGUGCUAAUGGAGGAUCGUAAAUUUGCGGACAUUGGCAAUACAGUGUCGCUGCAGUAUAGCAAGGGUAUUUAUAAAAUAUCCAGCUGGGCGGAUUUGGUAACAGCGCAUACGCUGCCCGGACGCAGCAUAGUGCAGGGACUCAAGGCAGCGCUGGAGGGCGAGGAGCGUGGCGUUUUUCUCUUGGCCGAAAUGUCUUCCAGUGGCAAUCUCAUUGAUGACAAAUACAAGGAGACCAGCGUGAAAAUUGCCACCGAGGGCGGCGAUGUGGACUUUGUGGCUGGCGUUGUAUGUCAGUCAUCCAACUGUUUUGCCUUUCCUGGUCUCAUACAGUUGACGCCGGGCGUCAAGAUUAACGAGAAUGUCGAUAAGCUGGGACAACAGUACCAGACUCCCGAGCAUGUUGUCAAGCAGCUUGGCGCUGAUAUCGCAGUCGUUGGCCGUGGCAUUCUGCAGGCUUCCAACCCGCAGCAAGCGGCAAUAAAUUACCGUGAUCGUCUUUGGGCCGCCUAUACAGAGCGUGUGGCCAAGUAGAUACCAAUGUAUUUCCUAUUAACAUUAAGUCUCGGGUUUGGAUACAAGUUAAGAAGCACAAAAGACAACAGGAUUUGACGAAGUUAAAUAUUUUAGUACUAAAGCUUUUUUAAUAUAAUAUUGCAACUUAUUUGUCACAAAAGCCAAACUUACUUUUUGAAAGUAACAGUACAAUUAUAAUUUCUAAAGUUGAAAUAGCGUUCAUAUAAGUUAUUAGCAUAUCAAACUAAUUUC